AUGGAAGAAAAAAUUUUUGAGUUUGUCGCCAAGAAAGACAUUAACAAUCUCAGCUCAUACCUCGACGAAGUCGAAGUCGAAAAGUUGACAGAUUUAGUGAGACAACAAUUAAAUGAUGAAAAAAAAUUUUACGACGAAAAGAAAGGUUGCUUUCCCUUGAUCUGCGCGGUGUUCAAAGGAUCAGCAUUUGAAGAGAUAGGUAGCGAAGGAAGACAGAUCGAAAUUGAAAAACUAAGAGAUCGAAGACGCGUCAUGAUAAUGAUGGAAAUCGUGAAAUGGUCGGUGACUAUUGUCGAAGUGAACGAACCUCCGCCGGAUAAUUCAAGCUCUGGUGUUUCAAUGUCGGGUCCUGAUUACAAGGAUUACAUACUGAAUAAAAUUUGCACCAUCAAAUGGCACCCAAGUAAUAUUUUAAGUUUGACCGGUGAACUUCGAGAUAUUGUAAUGACCAACGAACAGGGUCAGAAACGGUUGAUAUUGAAAGGCAUCUGUGAACACUUUAAUAGUGUCGACGAGGAAGUCGAUGAGGAACAGGAUUCGGGUGAAAAUGAUGGUUCCCAUAAUACCUUGACCUUCUCACAACUGAGUCAUAUGGAGGGAACUGUGAUAAUUCAUAUUUGUUUUGCCGUCACUCAGGACCAAGAAUUGGGACGAGAGUUUCUGAAAUAUAUGAAAUCGGGAAAGACAUCCUUACUGACUCCUUUCAACGUCGCAUGUAUGCUUUCAAUAGCGAGGAUACUCAGAUUUAAAGUCACUGUCCUCGAAUUCCUCAGGUCCUCCGUAAUUUCCGCCUUCAAAGAUCGAGAGAAAAUAGAAAGGGCAAAAUGGAUCUCCAAGGUGGAUACUUCAAAUGUUUUAACUUAUACGCCAAUAAUGAGCUUGUUCCGAAAGAUAAUUCGAAAGACGUCUUUCGGCUGGGAUCAGGUGACCCAGAGUUUGGUGCAACUAGGUAUACUCAUAAUGGACACAGCUUCAGGAGUAAGCACCAAGAGUACAGACACAUUCAAGGUUUCGCAAAUAACCCCCAGGAAUGCAAGCGAAUUGACUUCGGAAUUAGGAAUCACCAUAUUAUUCGAAAUGUUCAAGAUUCACGAUAUGGUUCGUGCGGAAAUUCUGGAUCAGAUUUUGUCCAGCAUAAUAUCGAAAUCUGCUAGUGCCGAAAACUUUUUAAAUUUACUUGAAAUGAUUGUAAAAGAAGCGCCUCAUUAUUUGGUGAAUUAUCUUCCGAAGAUUAGAGGAACACUCGACUAUUUAACAUUCCUCCCUCACCACCUCACCGACAAGCUGCUAAAAGCCUUACAACCGAUAAUAUUUGCGAAUCAAUCAUUUCGCGACGGGCUCAUGAUCGUUUUACGAAAGGGAAUGUCCACAAAAGAUUUGGAGGGGAGGCACACCGUGUUAACCGGCUAUCUUCGAUUGCUGAAAGGUCACGCGAGUGGUGUUUGCAAUACGUGGGCAAUGUCACAAUUGUCCACGGGAUCCUCUCAUUCGACGCACAAGCAGGAUCAGAAUUCACUUUCCUUCGAAGUGUUGAGAACUCUGCGUAGAUGUUUCAGCCAACAAGCGGAAAUACGACUAUCAUUGUAUCAAGGAUUGAUGGCCGCGAUGGAUGUUCAAGAAAAUCUAAAGCCCUUGAUUUUUGACAUCUUGUAUCCUCACUUUAAACAAUAUUUUGUGAUGGAAACCGGUGUUCACGCAACUGUCAACAUUGAAUCAUGUCUCAGCGUGAGUGGGGAAGUAAGCAUCCUCGAACCUCUUCCAUAUCUAUUUGCUUGUAAUGUGGUCUAUGAUGAGCCUCAACUAAAAGAUUGUGAAAAUAUUGUCGAACUGUUGAUCGAAAGGUUACAAAACGCUGAUAUGUCGGAAUUUAUGAUCGACCCGGCCGCCGAUUUCAGCAUGAACAACAACGAGGGCAUACGGAAUAAUUUGUCCGCCAAUCUAUUGCUCGGGUGUUACGAGGCAGCAUUGGAGCAUACCUUCUAUUCUUUGAGCGAGCCCAACUUGGGCACGUCCGAAAAAAUAAUUCAACUAUUCAAAAAAUACACCGCGCUAUUUCAAGUCAUAAAGGAGAAGUCCGUCAGUUCUCGAGGACGAAAAAUUUUAUAUUCCACGCCUCAAAAUACAAUCUUGAGUUUCAAGUGUGUCACCGAUCUGAGUAAAUUCAUAUUCAAGGAUAUUACUGGGGUGACGGUCAAUCAUGCAAAGAAUGUUCUAGGUGCCAAUUAUGAAUUUGUGAAAUAUAUCAACGCUGUGUCAUACACCAUCAUAUCAGAGUUCACCAAGGAUUUGAGCAAUUUCAGUCCCGAAGAUCAGACAAUGUUUGAACACUGCGCGUCUCUGGGUCAGGUUAUUAUGAAUGAAUUCAUAAUCAAUAGCACAAAGCUUGACGUCGUCUCAAAGGAAGAUUCGAAGAAGGACAAGGUUAAAUCGAAUUACGCGAUCGCGAUCGAGAGCUUUACUUUGUUGAGUCAAGCCGUGGCCUCUUGUUGGCCGGAUAGGUUGGUAGAAUUCUUUUCAUCGUCUUAUCCGCGCGAUCUACUGGAGGGUGACGCUCCCGGAGACCUGGAUGGAUGGUUGUACAUUUACGUGCAGAAAUUUAUGCACCUCAUGGUUUUAUCACUUAGCGAAAGAAUACCGCAAACCAAGGAUGCUCUGGUGAUAUGUCAAACGGUAACUGCCUGGACGACCUACUUCACGCGAAAAACCGACGUCGAUUCAAAAUCGAGGGAAUAUGUGGAGCAACUAUUUUCAUGGAUCAUCAAGUUUUGCAAGGAACGUGCCGUCGAAGAGAUGGGACUUUCUAAAAGUCUGAUGAACCUUCUGCUCAGCCUGGAGAGGGACAUGGCCGAAUUUGAUACAAUCGUUGAGAUCGCGAAAGACAUAUCGAACGUCUUGGGACCAAUCACUGCUCGGCCCGAGCAUUCCGACGCGGAGAAUCCACAGUUCGCAAUCGUAAACCCCAGAUCUAGUUCUACGGUAUCCACCCUCUUGAUAUUAUUCCUAGACCUGAUAUAUGACGAGAUGGAGUGGUUAUUGAACAGGAUGAAAGGACUUUGUAGCGUCGCAAACGCGGACUCUGAUGACGAAUCGAUUGAAAUGGAUGAGGUCGAACGGACGAUCUGUUUAAGGUUGACCAAGCUCAUGGAAGCCACCUUGUUCCUGGAAGAAACUUCACUUCACCCCUCCUCCUCGGAACACCUGAUAAAGUGUCUACAGAAAGUAUACAAGGUUUUGGUGGCACUGACAAAAUAUAAACUCUCCGAGGCUGGAGACAUCGAAGAACAUUUCACGGACGUGAUUAAAUUUGCGGGGUUAAAAUUAUCCGAGCGAAUGUAUGACUUCCUCACUGCGUUUCUAUCCGCAAGCAACGGUAGCUGUUCGUUGAGUAGAAAAGGAAAGCCAAAGGCUACGACCAAGUCCCGGAUAAGCAAGGAAUCGAAAAUGAUACCCGACUUGAUUUUUAUUUCGGAACAAUUCGAACGAUACUUGUUGCAAUUAUCAAAAAAGACAAAGGUUGAUUUCAUGCAAUACAUCACGGUUAGCACCGCGCGUGAUUUUAAAAUUAAGACUGAAAAAUCCAAAAAGUCCAAGACGUCGAGCGAUCUGUUGAUUGACGAUGAAGAGGAUGAUACGAGUGACGCACUUAUAGACGAAGAAAAAGAAGAGGUCAAUGGUGGCGAAGGCCCAUCAGAAGAACCUCCGCGUAAACGCCGUCGGUCGGAUUCGUCAAUGGAAACAGAUGAUAAAGUUAUAUAA